GGCCUGUGUAAUCGAGUGUUUGGACACUGAUUCACCAUUAAAUCUACUGCCGGCUAACUGAGCACACAGAUGACAUGAGGAAUUACAGAAAUGAAUGAAGAAAUCUGAUUUGUGUGUUUGCUGUGGAGAGACCUAUAAAUAAUAUUGGUGAUGUGCACAGGCAGCUUUUCAUGAUUGACAAUAGAUAUCACACUGUUGAAGGUACUGCCGCAAUGCUGGAAUUAUAAGAGAAUGCCUCAGCAACCAUUUCAUAUUAAUUACCGGUAUAUAUCCACGGUGAUAAGCCCAUUUCAUCUCACUUUCCAUUCACCACUGAUUUAAUUAUAGGGCUACAUCAUCAUGUUUGAUUACUUUUUUUGAAGAAGAAUGACAGAAACACAGGAUGAAAACCCUGGAACUAAUAUCACCAUGGCGAUGACCCUGACCAACAGCAGUACCCUUGUUCCGUCUGACCAGAGCACAGUCCCACCUCAGACCAGCUCCGAUUUAGACACCAUUGACAUCCUCAAUAACUUCGGACUUCCAACAGUGUGUUUGUUUGGAAUUGUGGGAAAUAUCUUAAACCUUACUAUUUUAACUCGACGAAAACUUCGGCGCUCAUUACGGACGGUAGAACAAGCCGCUAACUUGUGCCUGAUAGCUCUAGCUCUCUCCGAUUUCUUGUUCUGUUUGUUUGCGUUCCCGACGACGUUUCUACCCAGUGAUUACUACACAGAGAAGGGCUUUAUUCUGUAUUACGGGCAGUACUCUCCUGCCAUCAUCAAUGUCUUCAUCCUCACCAGCACAUGGCUUACUGUUACUAUGGCAACAGAACGAUACAUUGCGAUUUGUCACCCACUGAACCAAACCUUAUUGAUGACCUUAAGAAAGACAAAGUUAAUUAUAAUUAUUGUAUAUAUUUUAUCUGCGCUAUUUAAUGUCCCAGUGCUUUGGAGAAAUCAAGUUGUGGAGACUGUGAUUAGUAACAACACAGUUGUCUACUCCCUGAAAAUCAUACCAUUAGGACAUGACACAAUGAAGGAUACCAUAUACCGGGUGGUGUGGGCUAUUCUCGGAAACUUUAUACCUCUCAUUCUAUUGGUCGGCUUCAACAUCUGUAUCUGUCGCAAGAUACACCAGUCGUACUUAUAUCGCAAGAAAUUUCACUACGAUCAGGCUUCUUCUCAAGAUACCAAUGUGACGCUAACAACGACUCUUAUUGUCAUUGUGGUAAUGUUUCUAAUCCUGGUGGCACCCUCUGAAAUCGUCCUCCAUAUUGCAAGCAUGCUUCACACGGAGAAUUACAGGUCCAUCGAAGCCGUCAUGAACUUCAUGCAGUCAGUGAAUUUUUCAGUGAAUUUUAUUUUAUACUGUAUAAUUAGUUCGUAUUUUCGUAAGACCCUGAGACAUAUCGUGUGUUGUUAUUGGCGGAACCACAGAAGAGAUUCCUAUAGACUCAGCAUGAAAGAAAGCAAGGUUCCACUACAAAAUGUUAAUGAUGGAUUGUAAAAAAAAAAAACUGUGAUUAAUUUUAACCCGAAAUCCAUCAGUUUAAGGGGGACUUCAGAGCUCAAUAUCUUGGACAAUUUUAGUUCCGAUUGGACAGCUCUCAAGUUCUUCAUACUUUCAAUCAAAUACUUCAUAUUGUUGUAACUUACUGGGCUGAAACCAGGAACAAACUAAUGUAACCAAACUUUUUAUAAUUAAAGACUUUGUAAAUUACAGUUCACUCUACAAUUAAAAUCUUAA